UUCCUGGGCUCCAGGAGAACCGAACGGGGCGCAUGAAGACUGCGCAUGCAUGUACGAUUACGUGUCUGUAACACAUGUACGUCAUGGGAAGUGGAAUGAUCUCGCGUGUUCGAAUCGAUCAAUGCCAUACAUCUGUGAAAGGCCUCAGGGGUGUCCUCCAAGAAAAUGGAAUAUGCCAAUCUGUAAUCGUCUGUGUGAUAAUUGUUAUAACGGAGGAAUUUGUAACACACAGACAGGAGCAUGCAUCUGUAAUCCUGGGUUUACUGGUAAAAACUGCCUUACAGCAUGUGGCGACCAAAGGUUUGGGUCUGAGUGUGAACUUAUAUGCAGUUCUGUGGUAGCUGAAGAUUUUUCUUGCAGCGACAACAAGUUUUGCUCUUCGGAUCCAAAUGAAUGCAGCUGUAUAGCUGGCUACGAAGGGGCGUUUUGUAGUGAAACCUGCCGCGAUGGACAGUUUGGCUCUGACUGUCUCCAGGAUUGUCACUGUAAAGAUGGAAUGCCGUGUGAUGUGUUUACUGGGAGAUGUGAAGAGGGCUGUGAGCCAGGAUGGUCAGGAGAAGGUUGUCAAGUGCCAUCUGUUUGCCAAGUGGGAUAUUUUGGUGUCAACUGCACUGGCCAUUGCAACUGUCCAGAUAAUGUUGGUUGUGACAAGGUCUCUGGAUUCUGUAUCACAACAGAAGGUCAAUGUGAAGUAGGUUUUACAUCAGACUCAGUGGACACACCCAAUAGCUGCAACUCAUUUGCUGGAUGUUACAACCUGUGUUCCCGUACAUGUCACUGUCGAGAUGGUGAAGAUGAUUGUAACUCGGUGACUGGUUCAUGUAGCUCAGGUAGAUGCCACCCACGAUGGACAGGAGAAAGCUGCCAAAUAGAUCGCUUUUAUUCUGCACGUGAGAAGACGAACCCAGGUGUUGCUAUAUUUUCCUGUGCAUUCUCGUUUGAUUCACCACCGAACAAUGAACCUGACUAUGUGAAAGCUACCACACGGGACUUCUCAAUAGACAACUGGAAAAUGGCCAAAAAUCCUCCACAAAAGAUCUCUUCAACACUCCUCAAUUUUAUGUUCAACAUCCAAGAUUUUCCGGAUGACGUUCCUAUUUACUGUUUCACAGGGGACCCUUUCAAUAAAUCGUCCGAGUUCGGCUAUAUAAGGUUGGCGUCUGCUGCUUUUUAUGGUUUACCAAGUUUUAGUGGUGUACCAGAACUGCUUGGAUUUGGAUACUACCAUGCAGCCAUCGGUUGGAGACAAUGGGACUCUAGCUCUGAAACAGGGGAUGGACCUAUUGUUGGCUACAAGGUCUAUGUGCGAUCAGGUAGCAAUGUCGUGUUUGCUGAAGAAGUACAACCUCCAAGCAUGGUCCCCAUUACGGACCGUUCCGUAUCGAAGAGGUCUGCUGAGAAUGCCAGUGAGAUGGUCAUGUAUAACGUCAGUGGACUUGAAGCAGGAUCAACGUACUCUGUUCAGAUUGCAGCGAUACGAGAUGGUAUCAACGGUGAAGGAGAACAAGGACCAACAUUGACAUUUACAACAAAACAAGCUGGAGGUUCUGAAGUUCCUUCAGGUUCCAUAGCAACUGCCGUGGGAAGCGCUGUUGGUGCUAUUCUUGUGAUUGUUAUCGUUAUAAUUCUCAUCAUCUUCGUUUACAAGCGAAGAAGCAAUGAAUCAGCCACUACUAAGUCUAAAAGAAGGGAGUCCGAUUCGUCUCCGCAGCAUGAGGACCCUGUAUUUGAUCAGUCAGAGACAGACGGCCAUACCUACCAAGAUUUGAAUCCCGUAGCUAAGAGCUAUGCGAAUCCUACUGACCAUCAUACCUAUCAAGACCUUAAGAAACCUGAUCAAGAAGCUAACUACGAAGAAUUGAACGACGCCACGAAGAGAGAUUAUGUCAACGUACCAGGCAUUUGA